CCGCGCCCAGCCUAGAUUUGGCAGUUUCUAGAGCACAUUCUUCCAGUCUCAGAUAUGAAGAGACAUGGCUUAGAAUCUAGAGUUUGACUGUUAAACUCAGGAGGAACAUGUGUCAAGUCCCUCUCUCCACCUCACACCAUCCGAGGGGAGCCUCUAGGUCCAGACCAGGCUACGCUAUCUCUCCAUCAGCCCCCGUUUUGGCCUUUUCCUUCAUCUAAUGCCAGUUUAGAUUUCCAGGUCUGGACCCUUCUUUGUGCUAUUCCUUCUUUCUGGGAUACUCUUCCCAAACUCUCUAGCUGGGCCAGCUGCUUCUUGUCCCUCGGUGGCCAGCCGAGACGGGCUGUUUGGCCAUUUCUUCUCAUUCUUUUUCUUCUAAGGCCAAUCCCUGGCUCCAUGCGGCAGCCAGCAAGUCCCAAAUCCUAUUCUGGCCACAGUAUCCUACUCCCCUGGUGAAAGUCUUUCCAUGUUUUCCAGUGUCCUGAGGACAAAGUCCAAAUUCCUCUGCUGGGAUGCCAAGGCCACUGGCCAAGCAGGAGUAAGGGAGGAUAGAUUUGGUGGUAGCCGUGGUGAAGGGCUCCUGUCACGGGCUCUCGCCUUGUCACAAAGGGAGGAGGCUAAGUCUUCUGCAGACAGUGGUGCUGGGGGUGGAAGCUGGCUGUCCAUUACCCUAUGGGAUCAGUCCUCUGGGGCCAUGAGCCCUAGUCUCCAUCUCCCGUCCUUCCCGGGAGAGCCUGGUGCUGGACUCGCCCACAGCAGCUGCUCAGUCAGAUGCUUAUGCCAGGUCUCAUUUCCCUGCCUCUCUGGGCAUCUUCCACGGGCUUCAUGCAGUCGGCACCUCGAGAAGCAGGAAGUGAUGAAACACCUGAGUGCUGCUUCCCGUGGAUCUCCAUCACCCAGGAAAUGGCACUGCAUGCUACAGAGGGGGGAUCCUCCCAGGGCUGACUCCAAGCAGGAAGUGACUCUCACCACCCUAGGGGGUUUGAAACACCUCUCCCAUGCCCAGGAACCUAGAGCAGGCCAGCUGGCGCAGCCACUGCCCAGACGCGGGAUGUUCUGGUUUCAGAGGUGGGGUAGGGAGCUGUAGCCUCCCAGUCGCCCUCAGGGAAUCUGCUGAGGCACAGCCGAUGGCAGGUGCAGUUGCCAGAGAAACCAGCUAAUAACACCAAACACGUAAGGCCUCAUCCUGACCCAGCAUGUGAGCAAAUGCGAAGGACUCAGGUCCCUCACCUCUCCCUGGGACUGGAAACCAACCACCUUCCCAAGGCUGGCAUCCAGUCCGUCCUCUCCCUACCUAACAGGAGAAACCACAGGCCUGACUGAGAAGACCCUCAAGGUACCGUUUAUGAGGCUGA